UCUCUCUCUACCUGGUAAAGACGACGACGGAGUAAUUUACUAAAAUACCCUUGAUCUGACCUUGGUUAAGAAUGUCUUUGUUCAUCAUCUUCUUCAGGGUUCAGAUGACGUGAAAAAGAUUAGCUUAAUCAUCUUUCCCAAAAGAUAAUAUGAUUCCUUUCUUCAAUUCGUCUUCUCUCUAGAAGAAAGGAGAAAAAUUUACUAUUUCUUUAUUUGGGUUUUCUCGAAUUUCGCAAUCGCCAUUAUCCAUCUCUCUCUCUCUUUGCUAUGCACGUGUCUUUCUUUCUCUAGUCCUUUCAAUUUCCCCAUUUUGAAUCGCCGGCGUCAACGUGUCAACCAACUCUUAUGUCCUGCUCUUGCUCGUUUCUUAUCUUUCAUGGAAUUCUCAGUGGGUGGUGUUGAUCAUUCAGAGAAGAAUCGUUUGAAUGGAGAAAAAUAAGAACCCUAGAUAUGUAUUUCCAUUGACGGGCUUGCAAAUCGGGGAUUUGCAGUCUUAUCUUUCGCAUCUUAGCCUGUUUUUAGCCCCUGAAAGUAAGAAAUUUUAUAUUCUGGUAGAUAACAGACCAUGGUUGAGAGAUCUUGGCAUUCAAUCUGCACACUUAUGGCAAUUCAUGGUUACUAAGUCUAGAUUAUCUCCAUUUGCCAACACUAAAACCAGGAAGAAGAAGAAGGAGAGGAAGGACAGGAAGGCUAAAUCUGAAUCAAUUUCUUCUAAAUCUAAUAGGUUUAAACAAUGGUCUUCUUUAAUCGAUGCUGCAACAUCAUCUCGAAAAAGGGCUUUACUACCUGUAAAGAAAUUGAGAAAUUCCUUGUUUCAAAAUAGCAAAUUGGAUAGAAUUUUGCACGGUUUUAUUGUGUUUGAAGUUGCUUGGAAAGAUGUUCAUGGUAUCAACUACUUGAAUGAACUUCAGACGGAUACCUCUUUAGCAAUAGAAGCUAAGUUUAUGAAAAGAUGGGAAUUCGAUAGUAUAGAUAAGGCUGCUAAAUCGAUAUCUUCAUGGUUUCCUGGAACACAACGCGAUCAAACUAUUCUAACAGACCAUUUGGACUCGUCGGUAGGCGAGGUUUUCUACGAUGCUAUUGAAGGAUUACCGAGAAAUGGCAAUGAAGAAGACGAAAGCAUUUUUGACGAAAAUCUUUAUUACAAGAAUGUUAAAUACGACAGUGACUGCGAGGAUGCGGUUGAACCAACAGAUUACAAAAACAUGUUGAUUCUCUUCCGUUUCAACGAUCAUGAUCUGCCGUUCGAAUUAAAGGAUAUAAUCAUAUCCGAUUUGCGACUAUUAACUCUAUUGGAAUAUGGGCUGCCAUCGUGGGUUCUCUUCUUUCAGUCCUACCCUGUUUUCUGCCAUCUUUAUCGUCCAUGGAUGUGCCCGCUUGCCCGAGCUUUAUAUGUGUUGAUCUCGGUUGUGACUGUUUUAAUCGGGUUCUACGAUUUAUACAAAAACGUCCCUGUUUUGAAAGCAACGGCCUCUCGUUUAUGCGGUCCCCUUUUCGAUUGGAUUGAAACGUGGGAAAUGAUAUCGAGGAUUAAGUACUUGGGUACAAUGUUGUUUUUGCAUAACUUCGAGAAGGCGGUUAAAUGGUUCAUGUUGAUGACUCGUGCAACUAGAUCCUUUGUGAAUCUCAUCACGCGUCCGAUGGCAGGCCCGUUUAUGGAGCUCGUCGGCUUAAUCCUUCCCGCUUGGAAUCUAUUUGUAAAUACAAUUGAUGGAUUAGUUUCGGUUGUAUGGAUGAUUAUAGGAUCGGCUUAUAAUCUAGUCGAGACCCUCGUUGAGACUAUGUUGAAGCCUAUUUGGUUUACUUUAUCACUCGUGUGGAAUAUGGCAAUGUCAAUAAUAUAUCCAAUGGUGUGGAUAGUUUGGGAGAUCGUGUAUGCUCCAAUACGUUUGGUGAUUGGAUUGUUCGGUUUGAUGAGCAACAUUUGUAGUUUCUUGUACGAUUCAUUGGGUGACGUUUGGAUGUUCACAAGUAACGUGUUGAAGAUAGCGUCGAACGCUGAGACUACCAUCUCGGUUAGCCCAAUGGAGGUCUCCAUUUGGCGUUCUCUAUGGAAUGACCUGUUCUCGCAGGUUUUUCGCGCUCUAAGGAGCAUAUUAAAUGGAUUUGUUGCGUUUUUCACAGCCUGCAACAGACACCGGCUUAGUAUUUAUAACCAUGGUGUGGCGUUACAACGAAGAGUAUCGCGACGGCCAGCACAAGGAAAUCGACAAUUAGAAAGGCAAAGGAGCAGACAUAGAAGAGUGGUUUCUGGGGAACAAAAUACACCGGUGAAGGGUGGAAGAGAAGAGGGUAAAAGGAAGGAACAUUCAUCAUAAAUAAUAAUAUACAUGGCUAAAUAUUAAUUAAUAAUAUAAAAUACAAAUUGUACAGAGAAAAGGAAGGAUCGCUAGAAAUGAUGAGAGAGUAUAUAAGUUUAUUACAUUGUCUCUUACAGAAAUGUUUCUUGCUUAUUGCAUUUAGAUUAUUCUUUUUAUUGAAA